UUAAAAAUGCCAUAAAAGUUAUGCUCAAUUUCAUAAUUUCUACGUAAGAAUAAUGUAAGGCAUUUAUUUUCCUCAAGUUAUUACGUUCUAUGAAUUCUAUACGAACCGUUUAAAACCUCAACUCAUAAGUGCUUAACCAUGUACGGAAUAAAAUUAAAAAGUAUCAUUUCUUUACAUAUAUUUUCUAAAAACUGAUUAUUUUUCAGAUUAAUUAUACCGUUUUAAUUCCAAAGACGCGACGUUAUGUAUAAAGCUAUAUUGAUUGCAUUUCUUGCGUUACGAACAAUUAUUAAUGCGGAGAAAGAUCCAUUGAUCUUUAUCGCCAACCCAGUGGAAGCGGACAUGCCUGGUCAUUGGAUGCCACUCAGCAUAGUCAAAUUAAUACUUGGAGGGACUACAACACCAAUCGUAUACAAGAAAUUAUCGUUAAAAAUAACAUCAACAACCACUAGGACGACGACAACAGUACCAACAAGCACGACAACCCCAGCGACGACGACGACACCAACUACAACAACAACACCUACAACAAAAACAACAUCGACGACUCCCACAACCACCACAACGCCCACUACAACGACCACGCCAACAACAACAACUACAACUACAUCCACGACCACGACAACACCCACAACAACAACAACGACACCAACAACAACUACAACACCCACGACCACGACAACACCCACAACAACAACGACACCAACAACUACUACAACGACGACACCCACGACCACGACAAGUCCCACAACAACAACGACACCAACAACUACUACAACGACGACACCCACGACCACGACGACACCCACGACCACGACAACACCCACAACAACAACGACACCAACAACUACUACAACGACAACACCCACAACAACAACGACGACGACGACGACAACGACUACAACGACGACGCCAACGACGACCACAAAGAAAAAGUCAACCAAACGGAAAGGACCGAAACGUGGAGCAAAGCCGGCUACAGAUCGACACGAAAAUUUAAAUAAUUAGGAAUGACUUAAAAAUAGGUUCGAUAGUUUAAUAGUUGUACAAAUUACAAUUUAUUUUAGAUUGAA